AUGCCUCUCGACACAAUCUCGACUUACUCGCAAACCCUGCUCAGACAGGAUGGCCGACGAUGGAACGAGCUGCGCCGCAUCACUGCCUCAAUCUCAACCCAACCCUCCAGUGACGGUUCCAGUAUGGUCACUAUGGGUAACACAGUGGUCCUGUGUACCGUGUCCGGGCCGAGAGAAGGACGAGGCCAACGCGACAAUAACAAUGCCAUUGUCGAAACCGACUUGAACGUCGCGCCAUUUGCAGCAAUGGACCGCCGCCGGCGAACCCGCACCGACAAACAAAUCCAAGAACUCCAGUCCACAAUAUCCUCUUCAUUUCAAUCCCACCUGUUUACACAUAUGUACCCACGCUCCCUGAUAACGAUCUCAUUACAUGUCUUGAGCUUUGAUGGAGGGUUGCUAGUCGCCUGUCUGAAUGCUGCAAGCUUAGCGUUGGUCGAUGCCGGGGUGCCUAUGCCGAGCAUCCUCGCCGCCGUGAGCUGCGGAGUAAUUGUUCCUACAGACGAUUCAAAGGCAAAAGCGGAGCCGGUGUUGGAUUUGAACAGUGCAGAAGAGCAAGAAUUGGCAUUUCUUACAAUUGCAACGGUUUCUGGCGGCGAGAAGCACGAGGACAAAGUGUCGGUGCUGAUGAUGGAGUCGCGCGUGGAGAUUGCGGCUGGUAGCGGGAAGGUGGAAGCCAUGCUGGCUACCGGCGUGGAUGGGUGUAAAGAGGUGAGGAGAAAGAUGGAGGACGUGGUGAGGAAGUAUGGUGCCAAGGUCGUGAGGAGCCGGAGGUGA